CGGCCCUCGCUGAUGGAUGAUCUGGCCGUCUCGGACGAUUCCUCGGACUCGGACUCGGCUCCCAGCUCGCAGAACUCGUCCUCGUCGUCCUCGUCGUCCUCCUCCGGUGCCUCGUCCUCUUCCUCCGCUUCCGGUGCCCCAUCACCUCCGUCGUCGAGCGUCUCGCCAGCGGUGGGCAGUGCGUCUGGCACCGCGCCGCCUGCCUCGCCGCACGUGGUGCGCCCGAUGGACGCGUCUGGCGAGCCGCUGCCCUGGAACCGCACCAACGACCCGCUGGGUAUCGGGUUUGCGGCCGAGCUGCUGUACCGGCCGCCGGAGCGCGGGCCGGGCUCCCCCAACGUCAGCUACUGCGUCCUCUGCUGGGACGGCGGCGACCUGGUGCUCUGUGACUACUGCGAGCGGGCCUUCCACCGCGACUGCUACGUCGGCGAGGUCGAGGACGACGCGGAAGGCCAGUGGCGGUGCCUGCUGUGUUCGGAGCCACCACGGCUGGCCGGGCCGGACCGCCCCCGCCCUGAGCGGCUCCUGGCCUCCGCCGACCUCCUCAUGGCACGCCGCCUGCUGCUCGAGCUGUAUGCCGCCUAUUAUCCUUGCCUCUACUUCAGAAGCCGCAGUAACUUGGAGCUACUGCCAGAGUGGAGGAAACUCAAGGACCCUAUCUGCCUGGACGACAUCAAGGAGCGCCUGAGCCAUGGGAAAUACACCUCACUCAUGGACCUCCUCAAGGCGCUGAAGCGUCUGAUGGACAUGAUACGGUCCCUGAAGAAGGGGAGCGUCGGGAGGAAGUACCUGAAGGAGCUGGAAGAGGUGUUCGACAGCUUCGUUCGCGACCACAUGCACGAGUUCUGGUUACAGUUAGACGAAUCAUCGUCCCGGUAACCCAGCGUCUUCGGCGUCGGUUGGCGGCACAAUGUGUUGUGCGAUUCCGUUGCGCCCCGAACGUCGGGGCAUUGUCGGUGGUGAUUCAAAGUAUUCUCCCACGUCCGCUGUUACUUUUGUCCUGUUGUGGUUCUGGGGAGAUGCCGAACUGCGUCAUUUUAUUUUUUUA